ACUCUGCGCGCCGCGGGGCUGCGCAGGAGGAGCGCUCGCCGGCCACCUCGCCCCGCGCCCGCGGCGACACCUGUUCGCGGCCGCCGGCGGCACGCGGGUCCCGCCGCGGCGCCCCUCGCUCCCGCCGCCGCCCGCCGCCCGCGCUAAGCCAAUGGACGCCUGCCGAGCCCCUGGAGAAUUCUGGAUACCAGCUUUGGACGCCUAAAGUUUUUCCUUCUUUUUGUUUUAUUAUCAUUAUUCUCAUUUUUGGAGGGGGACCGGGGGACAGAUUUGUCGCCGCCACCAACGUGAGCUUUUUUUUUUUCCCCUCUGGAAGGAUUCCUGCUGAUGUCUGCAGAGUCGGUUAGAGUAAAAACGGCGCAUGCCUUCCUGGAGUCAGGAUCCGUAAAUUCUGACGUAGCCCGUGCAUCUUAAAAAUCCCUAUAAUAACGCCUAGGCAUUUAAGUUGCUAUGGUCAUUCUGAUCUCAAACCAAAUGGAGAAACUACGGAUUUUUUUCCUUAUUACGGUCGGAUGGAAUGAAGACCUUCCUGCCUGCUGAGAGCUGGGGAUCUGUCUGUAGAGAUGCAUAGAUGCGUUUAUCAAUAUGUCAGUGUGUGAGUAGAAAGUGGUGGUUUCUUAGACUAUCCGUGGUUUGACCUUGAACCUGUGCCAGUGAAACAGCAGAUUACUUUUAUUUAUGCAUUUAAUGGAUUGAAGAAAAGGACCUUUUUUUUCUCUCUCUGCAACUGCAGUAAGGGAGGGGAGUUGGAUAUACCUCGCCUAAUAUCUCCUGGGUUGGCACCAUCAUUAUUGUUUAUCGCUGUGCUCCAAAAGCCGAGGCUUCUGAUGGCUCCCCUAGGUGAAGUUGGGAACUAUUUCGGUGUGCAGGAUGCAGUACCGUUUGGGAAUGUGCCCGUGUUGCCGGUGGACAGCCCGGUUUUGUUAAGUGACCACCUGAGUCAGUCCGAAGCAGGGGGGCUUCCCAGGGGACCCGCAGUCACGGACUUGGAUCAUUUAAAGGGGAUUCUCAGGCGGAGGCAGCUGUACUGCAGGACUGGAUUUCACUUAGAAAUCUUCCCCAAUGGUACUAUCCAGGGAACCAGGAAAGACCACAGCCGAUUUGGCAUCCUGGAAUUCAUCAGUAUAGCCGUGGGCUUGGUCAGCAUUCGGGGCGUGGACAGCGGACUCUACCUGGGCAUGAACGAGAAGGGGGAGCUGUACGGAUCCGAAAAACUAACCCAAGAGUGUGUAUUCAGAGAACAGUUUGAAGAAAACUGGUAUAACACGUACUCCUCGAAUCUGUACAAACACGUGGACACUGGAAGGCGGUUCUAUGUGGCGUUAAACAAGGACGGGACCCCCAGAGAAGGAACGAGGACUAAACGGCACCAGAAAUUCACACAUUUUUUACCCAGACCAGUGGACCCCGACAAAGUCCCCGAACUAUAUAAGGAUAUUCUAAGCCAAAGUUGACAAAGACUCUUUCUUCACUUGAGCCCUUAAAAAAGUAACCACUA